AUGAAGCCUACACUCUGCAUCGCAGCCUUUGCUGGCAUGGUCAACAUUGCGGCUGCCGCAAGCCCUCCUGCCUGCCUUCUCGCGGCCGUUGGCCAGCAGCCCAAGGUCUCUUCGAUCGAUGACAUGUGCACCGACUUCAUGUCGGCCAUGCUUGGCAACUUGACCAGCGUUUGCCAGGGCGACAACCUCAAGGAGGCCUACAAGUCUUACGCAUCUACGUGCGCUGAAAUCGGCGUCAAGGUUGCUGACCUGCCCUCGGCCUCUACUACGAGCGCCACCCCUGCCUCGACCCCGGAGGCUCCAGGUAGCCCCGACCCUGAUGCUACCUCAGCGCCGUCGUCAGCCACUCCGACCGAUGGCCCCCAAGAGUCCAAGCCCAGCGCUGCUGGUGCUAUUGCUCCUCAUGCCGUUCUCUUCACUGUGCUUGGUCUUUCUGCAACUGGCCUCGUCAGCAUAGUAUUCCUGUAG